GGGAGGAGAUAAAGCCAACCAACAUUAUACAAUUGUUAACAAUGCUUUUAGUCGGUUGUGCGGUGCUGCUGCUGAGCGUGUUACGAUGCACGUCGUCGUUACCCAUUACAAAUUGUUCGGAAAUCGAGGGGCCAUGUUGGUGCCAGAACGAAAGGAUUUAUUUAAAAGUUCAUUGUGAAGCAGUCAAUAGAGAAAUAAGAUUUCACGACUCUAUUAGUGAGAUAACAGUGGAGGAUGACGAAGUGGAAGAAUUACAACCCGAAAUGUUUAAGGGGAUCUGCGUUAAGAGACUUAUUUUACAACUUUCCGAAUUGAAAAGAAUUAAUGAAUCGACCUUCGAAGAACUAAAAGAAUGCCUCGUCCUUCUCCUCCUCAUGGAUGGUAAACUGAGCAAAGUUCCGAUCAAUGCAUUCAAAAAUCUGAAUAGUUUAAGAGUUUUGAGUCUUGCUGGCAACGAAAUACGAAACGUUCCUUCUCUACAAUCUCUUCCAUUGCAUCAUUUGAGUUUGGCAUCGAACAAGAUAUCGUCCCUUCCUAAAGAUACCUUUCCUCCAGUUUUAAAAACACUGAGCGUUACCCACAACCAUCUGAAGACCCUGAACGAAUCUAUGUUGCACUUGAAAGACGUGGCAUGGCUAUUCGUCUCUAGUAACUGGUUAACCAGCUUAUCCGGUGAGUUAACGGGUAUGAAAUCUUUAGAAAUGUUAGCAGCUUCCAAUAACAAUAUAAAAGAUCUAGGAGACUCUUUGAAAAAUUUGAAGAAAUUGAAAUAUUUGCAUCUAGAACAUAAUCUCAUCCGCAAAUUGAAGAAUGGUCUUCAUAGUUUGUUUAAUUUGAGAAGUCUCAACCUUUCAUUCAAUUUUAUACGCAAGUUAUACGGGAAAGAAUUUAUCAAUUUGCUUAAUUUGGAAAGUUUGGAUUUGUCACAUAACCAAUUAGAAAGCGUUGGAGAUACUUUCAAGUAUACCAGAAAAUUGGAAACUUUAAUCUUGUCUGCUAAUAAACUCUAUAUAUUGGGAAGCAGUAUUCGUUGCCCCAACCAAUUAGGAUAUCUGGACCUAUCUAAAAACUACCUGACUGACUUAGACUGGCUAAUUGAAACGGAUAUUUAUUAUGAUGAUGAUGAUGAUGGCGAUGAUAAUGAUAUAGAUCCUAUUAUCCCAUGUAAAAAUCAUGUUACUGUAAGAAGGUUAUUUAUAUCAGGAAAUCCUAUGCAAUGUCAUUCUUUGCAGAAAGUUAAUGCUACCAUAAGUAAAUAUAAAAUAAGAAUUAGUGGUUUGCCAAUCUGUUAAAUUCCAUUAUAUUGAAGAAUUCAUUGUAAAUAUUAUAUGUAUUAUAAUUAUUGCAACAUCACUUAAAUUUUUGAAUAUUCUAUCAAGGUUAAUUGCAUAAAAGUCACUUCAGAGAAUUACUUUCUAUAGAAUAAUUUACUUCUGACAGUUGUAAUCAAGAACAGAAUAAAUCCCAAAUAUUAUCUAUUAUUCAUGAGCAUAUUCAAGAAACUAUGAAUUAUUUGAGUGCAUAAAUACAGUUCAUUAUGAUUUCAGUAAUAAAUAUAUCUUCCAUUCAUUUUUAUACUGUC